GGCUUUUGAGUGUGCCACGAUCUUUCGCAAUAUAACACUGCCGGGGGACCAAGGACCGAGAAGUGGGUCUAAUCCAAUCCAUUUCCUUUAUCUCGCACAGCAGUGUCAACAUGCCUUACCGAAAAAUGGAAAACAAUAAUAACCACGCCUGCAACGUGGAAAUCGAGCCGGAAAAGGUGGGAAUGGCUGCUGACGCUCCCGCCAAACAGUAUCUUGUUCGCCGAUCUAAAAAGCUUCCUGCUUGGCUGUGGAUUUCAAUCGCUCAGGCAUUGGGCAUCAGGAUUCGACCCAACGACCGAGCCAUUGUGGCCACCGUUUUGUAUGCAUCAACAAUCGUUUCGGCUUUAGUGUUAGUUAUCUCUACCAGCACCUAUGUCAUCGCCGAAUUUGUCCAACAUUCACGUGUCGACGAGUUGAAGAAUAACCAAACGGGAAUUUUAAAGACGGGGGAUAAUAAAGUGGCCGGAUCUCGACAGAAAUAUCACACCGACGUCAUGGAUGGAAUCGCUAUGGUGUCGCUAACGAUCUUUUGGUGUCUACUGGGACUCUACGCUAAAAAUCUUGCCUAUCGAUUGUAUAAUUCUUCUAAAUUUCUCGAAAUGGUCCGGCUUCACGCCAAGACGAUAUUGAAGGUCAAUGCGGCCUUCGUUUUUUUCCUGUUGAUGACUACGUUCGUCGCCGUUCACAACAUUUCAGCCUACUACUAUUGGUAUGCUGACCGAGAAACGUGUUCAACAGCUGGCAUUUCGCCCAUUCUCUGCCAAAUUCGUUUCAUCGCCUUGUGCGUUUUCUCCAUCUUCGCCAUUCUGUGGAAUUCCCUUGUUGGCAUUGUUCUUCUUUCCGUUUGCCGCACCAACACCAUGGGAAUUCGUCGCUUCAUUCAGGACUUGGAAAGAGAUGCAAUCAUAUACGAGCGCCAACGCUUUGGAUCGAAUGCUUCGUACAAUGAUUUAUUAUGGGUUACUGAAAACGACGCUGAUCAGUCAUCAGAUGGUGAUGCUGAGCCGAAAAUGCGUCGUCGUUGUACCACCUUAACAAAUAACAAUGUCGAGCCUACAUCUACGGACGGGCCAUUAGAAAAGGGUUCUCCCAAAGAACCCAUGUCGCCUGGAAUUGGCCUUUCACAACGGUCCACACUGGAACUGCACGACGUCACUUCUCCCGUCAUUUUUCAGAACAACCCGCCUUCAGCUGCCGCACAAAGCGAUAACGAAACAAAAGACCAGAUCAAGCCAAUGUCGACGGCAGUUGUGCUACAAAGAUAUUGGAGAUUAUCAUGCUCUACGCGUAUAUCGUCCGUGAUGUUUCAACGUUGGACUACCUGCGUGACGACUCUUUGUUUAUCAUGGGUGGCCAUAGGUUUGGUCCAGUGGUUGUCUUAUACACCGCACCCGUUGCAAGUCGCUGAGGUCUGCAUACCCAUGAUGAUAUUGCCGUUGUUAUGCGCUGCCUAUGCAGAAGUAAAUGGUGAAGGCAAGCGUUUAUUGAAGUGUAUCUGUCCGAUGGAGCAGAGAUUACAUGCUCUUUACGUCAUGUGGCAGUCUCCACCGCAAAUGACUAUUUUCGGAAUGAAUAUUACGUAUGGCGCCAUGGGUACAGCCGCUGCUGGGUUACUUUUAGCGCUUACGUCGCGUGUCGUUUUGAAACAGUUGGGCGCAGGUAGCUCAUAAUGUUAACCGGAUUAUGUAGGACCCUGAUGGUCCUACAGACACGAUUCGCAUGGCCGCAAAGUGGUCUCCUGUAAACAGUGUUAGUUGUAGAAUCCAGCUAUGUUCAAGUAAUUUUCAUAGAGGGAUACGAUCUUCUGCUCGUGGUUUGAGUAAUUUAGCAAUCAAGUCUUUCGCUCCAGUAGAGAGAUGUGCUGGAAAUUUUAAGGUCAACUCUACCAUACGAAUUUAUGGCAUGGAAAAUGUAAACGCUUAGAAUGCCUCUUAACCACAUUGGCAAAUUAUUUUAACUGGAUUCUACAACAGUGUAACAUCAUUAUGGUUUUUCUCAACGUGAAUUUUUACUUUGUUGCAUAUUGAAAACUCGUCCGUGCACAAAAAAAUGUGUUCCCGAAUUUUAGCAUGUUAGCAUGUUUUAUGCCUUUGCUGUCUAUGUAUCCCAUUUACGUGAUUAUAUUGCCCACUCCUGUACAUAUAUAACCUAGUCACCUUCAAAAAAUUUUUUUAUCUAUUCAUUUGAAAUAAACACAUGAUGUUAUUAAGUAAA